AUGUAUUUCCAGGAAUUUGUACUAAUACCAAUCCUAUUAGCCUAUCCAGCAUUAGCAUGUUUGGGCGGUUUUGGCGGUUCUGCAGUAUGUUGCCAACCACAACAGCAAGGAUGUGCUGGACCUAUUUGUAGUCCUGGUGGUUUUGGCGGUCCUAGUGCAGCAUGCUGUCAACCACAACAACCAGGAUGCACUGGCCCUAUUUGUACUCCUGGCGGUUUUGGCGGUUUUGGUGGAGCAUGUUGUCAACCACAGCAACCAGGAUGCACUGGACCUACUUGUGCUGGAGUGCAAACGAUUGGUGGUGGCAGAGGAGGGUAUGUAGCACCACCCACAUUUCCAGGCGGUAUUGGUGGAUUUCCAAGUGGUCCUGACUAUAGACCGGCAAGUUAUGUAGCACCACCACUUAAUGCUCCUGUACCACAAGUACCACCACAAUCACAAUCAUCUUAUAAUGCACCUCAAGCAGCGCCACCACCACAAUCAUCAUAUAAUGCACCUCAAGCAGCACCAGCACCAGCACAACCGUACGCUCCUCAGUUAGCUUAUGGUGGACCACUGAAAGCACCAUCGCUAUCACAACCUUAUAAAUACAAAGAUUCUACUCUAGGUGGUACACAAUCACUUCUGCUACCACCGGAAAAUCCACCAGUACCAGGACGAUUUGCAGAAGGUAUUGAGCAAGCAACUCUUCCUGAUGACGACACAAUUAAUUUUGCUGGCAUAUCAUCAGCAUCAUCAUCAAUUGAUGAAAAGGUACCGGUGGGAAGUGGAACCCAAGAAGUAGCCCAAACGCAUAAAUCAACAACUCAGCCGGAAGCAGUUUCAAUCCGUCGACAAAGUAUCAAACGAUUUUGGCGAUACUGA